AUGGCGCCACGCCCUGGGGUCAAUCGUCGUCAGGCGGUUGAAAGACCAGUGCGAGCAGGCCGCAUCGCCAAAACAAAGAAAGAGAAAGUAAUCAAAGUCUCAUCAGACCAGCUCGAAGCUGCUGUCAACCAUGAAACUCUUGAGCCAGUGUAUGGAACACCCCCAGCCUGGUCCGAGGGUCGUCAGCAACUUUGUGAUGCAAUCCCAUGGUUUCGUUGCACCCAAGGUGCAAUGUAUCACACCGAAGGUUUCUGCUAUGGCUUCCUCAUCGAUGCCGAUGGGGGCACCCGUACCUAUAUCGACGAGGAAAUCAUCAUUACUAGAAUCGGCGGAUGUUGCACCAAAGACUCGGAGGGAAAUCUGACCCUCGAAAAGAACCAAGACCCAGAGAAUGCACUCGUCCAAAGCAUCAUCGCCAGUCAAAACUCAAAGCUUGCUGUUGGACUUGUUAUCGGGAGCAAGAACAAGAUUCUCAACCGAGAGCUCCCACAUCGGUACAAUAUUAUGGACUGGUUCCGUGUUACCAAUGUCUGGUUUGAAAAGAUUGGCAAAAAGCACGGAGUCAAGGUUCGAUUUGAGAAAUUGAAUCUCGCGGAAAAGAGCUGGUGGGCGGCCAAGGACUCUCUCCCUCCAGUGCCCCUCAAUGAACGGGAUUUUGAAACAAAGCCCGAAACUCUCAAGUGCGAGAGAUGCUCCACGGAAAGUGUUCGUCUAUACGAGGAAGGAUGGAUGUGCCUUGAACCUGGUUGCAUCGACUUCUGGAAGUUCGAAAAUGCAUCCCCUCCUGCUGAUCUCACUUUCAAUCCUGAUUUCCUGAGCUCUCGCUGUCAUCCAGAUCCAGCAAUCCAGCCUCACUACAGUCUAGUUCCCAAUCUGCUGUCCACGUUGGAUGAGAAUGCCGCGGAUGUUAGCACAUCUCGUAUCGCAUGGAAGGGUAUUGUAUGCCCUAUGUGUUUCAAAUGUAUCCGACGAACCUUCUGGCAAGGUUGGAAAUGCGACGAUGACUCUAUCAACAGUGAGAAGUGUGCGAGUAGCUGCCCGUUUCAAAAAUUCAUGAACAUGAACCCUGUUUCGCUCCGCGUUGUCCUUGAUCAUUUCGAGCUGGCCCCGAUCAAACGAGCAAUCCUUUUUGACAGAAAGUUCAGCAUUCCAGACAUUGACGACAAUACCUUCUUUCCUUACCGGAAGCUGAAAUACAAAGUCGACGGAGUUGGCUCAAUUACCCACUUUGUGUCCAACAAAGCAAUCAAUAGCCGCGCGAAUGGACCGGAUGAUCUUUUUAUCAAUCUCCAAUGUGGUGAUCUUGGUCUUAAGCGAUUCCGGCUCCAGUCCAGUCUAGUUGCGGGUACAUUGACCUCACAUUUUGCGGUGAACUACGGCAUGCCCUACAAAUAUGUCGUGUCAGUCGAUUCCAAGGGCUUUGAUGAAGCACCCAACGACAUGCUCCAUGCUUUGGGUCGUUUGUCGUGGGCAACUGAAAAGGCAGUCAUCUCUUCUGGGGACAAUUACCUGCCUCCAAAUGAACUACUGACGCUCGGGUAUUUCGAGGAAAUGAAGAUCGGAUUCCAUGAUGACGGCGAGUCGUCUCUGGGCCCUAGUAUCGCCACACUGUCCCUUGGAGCGAAAGCAACCAUGUUUGUCCGGAUGAAGUACAAGUAUUUCAAUGGCUCUACCCGAAGGGCUGAGCCCAAGCAAAUUGGAGCCCUCCUGCAAGAUGAUCCUGUUCUGAAAGAUUGCAUGUUCGAGGGCGAGCGUCGAGCGCUUAAAGAGGAAUUUAAUGCUGGUGAGAUCUCGCAAGAUGAGUAUGAUGACUCUCGCCGUGCUCUAUCAAUGGGCCGCAAGGGAAAAGAGGCCCCCGUUGCCAUCAAGAUGGAACUUCACCAUGGCGAUCUGGUUGUUAUGCAUGGAGAAAAUCUUCAGAAGUACUACGAGCAUUCUGUGGUGCCUGAGAACAAAUUACGCUUUGCUUUGACUGCGAGAUACGUCAAACCCGACCAUGUUGAUGCGAGAGAAAUCCAGAAAGGCCAGUUCUCACUCACAGCUGACCAGAUCUACGAUGGAAAAUGA